CUUCCUGGACUGGGGAUCCCGGCUAAAUAUAGCUGUUUCUCUGUCUUACAACACAGGCUCCAGUAUAUAAAUCAGGCAAAUUCCCCAUUUGAGCAUGAACCUCUGAAAACGGCCGGCAUCUGAGGUUUCCUCCAAAGCCCUCUGGAGUCCAGCCCAUAAUGAAGGUCUUGGCGGCAGGAGUCGUGCCCCUGCUGCUGGUUCUGCACUGGAAACACGGGGCGGGGAGCCCCCUCCCCAUCACUCCUGUCAAUGCCACCUGUGCCACCCGCCACCCAUGUCACAGCAACCUCAUGAACCAGAUCAGGAACCAACUGGUGCAGCUUAAUGGCAGUGCCAAUGCCCUCUUUAUUCUCUAUUACACAGCCCAGGGGGAGCCGUUUCCCAACAACCUGGACAAGCUGUGUGGCCCCAACGUGACGGACUUCCCGCCCUUCCACACCAAUGGCACGGAGAAGGCCAAGCUGGUGGAGCUGUACCGCAUCGCCGCGUACCUUGGUGCCUCCCUGGGCAACAUCACCAGGGACCAGAAGGUCCUCAACCCCAGCGCCCUCGGCCUCCACAGCAAGCUUAACGCCACCGUGGACAUCCUGCGGGGCCUCCUCAGCAACGUGCUGUGCCGCCUGUGCAGCAAGUACCAUGUGGGCCAUGUGAACGUGACCUACGGCCCCGACACAUCGGGCAAGGAGGUCUUCCAGAAGAAGAAGCUGGGCUGUCAGCUUCUGGCGAAGUAUAAGCAGGUCAUCGUCGUGGUAGCCCAGGCCUUCUAGGCAGGACGUCCUGAAGCGUGCCAUGAACCGAGGGAUCUCAGGAGUGGAUCCACAUGUCGGGGGGCUCUCAAAGGGUAUUUGGGACCUGGGGCAUCACUCAACCCAAUGGGAGCUGCUGGCAGACCCUGAGGGGCUCCUGGCCAGUCACUGCACUCCAGAAUGGGCU